AUGAGCUCUCGCAGCAGCAGCGGCGGCGGCCAGGCCUCCCAGAUGAUGGCCUUCUCGGAGCAUUCGCUGCCGAAGCCGAUCGCCGGCCACCCGCAGCCGCAGCCGUCCCCGCCGUCGUCGCCGAGCGAACGGCCGGCGCCUCGCGGCAGGCGGCGCGCGCAGGAGCCCGGGCGCUUCCUGGGCGUGCGCCGGCGGCCGUGGGGCCGGUACGCGGCCGAGAUACGCGACCCGACCACCAAGGAGCGGCACUGGCUCGGCACCUUCGACACGGCGCAGGAGGCCGCCCUGGCCUACGACCGUGCCGCGCUCUCCAUGAAGGGCGCGCAGGCGCGCACCAACUUCGUCUACGCGCACGCCGCCUACAACAACUACCCGCCCUUCCUCGCGCCGUUCCACGCGCAGCAGCAGCCCGCCGCCUACGCGUCCUCCACCAUGCCGUACGGCGGGCAACAGCGCGCGGGCGCGGCGGCGCCGCACAUUGGCAGCUCGUACCACGGCCACGGCUACCACCAGCAGGGCCCGGGCGCCGGCGCGGGCGAGUGCUCCAUGCCGGUGCUCAAUGCCGCGGAUCACGGCGCCAGCAGCCCGAUGGACGUGCGCGGCAGCGGCGGCCACGACUUCCUCUUCCCCAGCGCCGACGACAACUCCGGGUACCUGAGCAGCGUGGUGCCGGAGAGCUGCCUCCGGCCCCGCGGCGGCGACCUGCAGGACGCGCGGCGCUACUCCGUGUCCGACGCCGACGCCUACGGGCUGGGCCUCCGGGAGGACGUGGACGACCUAGCGUCGAUGGUGGCCGGCUUCUGGGGCGGCGCCGACGCGGCGUACGGCGGGUUCGCCCCCGCGAACGGCGGCGGCCACGACAUGGUCGCCUCGUCGCAGGGCUCCGACAACGGCUACUCCCCCUUCAGCUUCCUCUCACACUGAAGCAAAUGCACCGGCAUUGCUCGAUCUUAGCCUCUUACGUACUCAGUGGUCUGCUGUGCCCAGUCGGCCAUUAGCUAGGUAGUGUUUGCUUCGUGAGUUCGAUCGAUCGAUCAUAGUAGAAGAUCGUGAAGAAGAGUGGCUUGUUUCGGUGCCCUAGCUUAGCGGAUGCUCACAUCCAUGUACUUAGGCUCUUUCAAUUAGCAGCACUAUUACUACGUACUAGUACUACUAGUAGUAGUAAGUUUUCAUGCAUGCACGAGUGACAUGCUUACUUUUUACUGUAUCUCUCUAAGCAUAUUACAGUCUCUCUCU